AUGCUUCCAUCAUGCCGCAAGGGCGUCUUUGCAGCGGCCCUGUCACGAUCUGCCUACGGUAGCAGAGUGCCGCAUAGAUUGUCGCCUUCAUGGACUCGAGGCCCUGUCACCAAGCACUUGCAGAGACACCAAUCACAGUUUCAACCCUUAGUACCGCCGUCGCCAGAAUCGCUAGGCAAGCCUGUCGCAGCAAAGCAGUACCGUCGAACACGAGCCCUCCUCAAGAGAUUGAUUCAAUUGGGCAUCUUAUCCGCCACUGUCCUGGCAGUCGACAGCUACUUCUUCGAUGCCGUCGUUACACGCUCCGCCCGCACAUUCAAGACUGGUCUCGUUGUUGCCCUCGACUACAAGAUCAACUUCCGCGCAAACCCUCCCUUCGCCGACUCGAUAGCCGAUGUCCACCACCGCAGUGCUGAACGCCUCUUCCACCUUCUUCGCAACAACGGUGGUCUUUACCUCAAAAUUGGACAAGCCAUUGCUAUGCAGAGUGCUAUUCUGCCUCCCGAGUUUCAAAAGAUGUUCGCUUCCAUGUUUGACGACGCCCCUCAGAACUCUUGGGAGGAUGUGAGGCAGGUCAUCAGGGAAGAUUUUGGAAAAGAUGUCGAAGAAGUCUUUGGUGUGAGCUUCGACGGUGUCCAGGGCGACAAGGGUAUCAUGGAGAGGACAGCAAGAGCUAGUGCCAGUGUCGCUCAAGUUCAUUGGGCCCGUCUGCCUGACGGAAGAGAGGUCGCCAUCAAGAUCCAGAAGCGAGAAAUUGAGAGACAGGUCGACUGGGAUCUGUGGACCUUCAAGGUCGUCUCAAAGAUCUACACGUGGUGGUUCGAUAUCCCUCUCUACACCCUGGUGCCCUACAUUUCUGAACGCCUGAUGCUGGAGACCGACUUCGUUAACGAAGCCAACAACGCCAGCGAGAUGCGAGACCUCAUUCAGAACGAGCCUCGUCUUCGUGGUAAGGUCUACAUCCCGAAGGUCUACCGCGAACUCAGCUCCAGACGUGUCAUGACUGCCGAAUGGAUCGAGGGUGUAAGGCUGUGGGACAAAGAAGGCAUCGAAGCAACCUGGCACGGUGGCUGGCGUAAAGGCAGCCCCGGUGCUGGUGGAGAACUUCUCCCUCCUCCCACAAAUGUCCAACUAUCGAACGAUCCCAAUAACGAGAAACUCAAGCCCAGCCGCGAUGACUGGCGCGGUGCGAACAAAAAGGGAGGUCUCGGCCUCAACUACAAGCCCGUCAUGGAAACAAUGGUGUCUCUCUUCUCCGCCCAAAUGUUCCUCUGGGGUCUCGUCCACUGCGACCCCCAUCCCGGCAACAUCUUCAUCCGCCGCCUCCCCAACGGCAAACCCGAACUCGUCCUCAUCGACCACGGCCUCUACAUCCGCAUGUCCCCCGAAUUCCGCCACGACUACGCUCUGUUCUGGAAAUCCCUCAUGACCUUCGACAACGAUACCAUUGGCCGCAUUGUAAAGGGCUGGGGCAUCAAUUCUCCAGACCUAUUCGCUUCUGCAACGCUCAUGCGUCCUUACACCGGCGGCGACAACAGCACCAGCGAAAGCAUAAAGAAACUCACAAAAGCAGAACAAAAAGCCCGCGCCUACGAGAUGCAAAUGCAAAUGCGCAACGGCAUCCGCCAAAUCUUGGGCGACGAAAAGAAGUGGCCUCAAGAACUCAUCUUUAUCGGUCGCAACCUUCGCAUCGUGCAGGGGAAUAAUCAAUUCCUGGGUUCGCCUGUCAACAGAGUGAAGAUUACUGGGCUCUGGGCGUCUAGGGCGCUCACUGAACAACCACAUCUUACCAUUUCUCAACGCUGGAAGUAUUAUGCCAAUCAUUUGGUCUUUAGGGCUGUGCUGGUUGGUACGGAUGUGUGGUUCUGGUAUGCGAAGAUCAAGCAGUGGUUUGGAUUGGGCAAAGGUAUGGAUGCCGAUAUCGAGGAGCAGAUGAGGGCGGUGGCUGGGGAUAUGGGUAUUGAACUUAACCAUGGCAUCUUUGAAGGAUAG